CUGUAGGAAUGGACAAGCCUUAAGGGAGCAAAGCUUAAGUUGGAGAGACAGAGGAUAAAAACACCAUCUGCUUUCAGUUAUACUGUCACAACCUGUAGAAUGACGUCCACGGCACAACUGGGAGCUGUCGGUAAACCGCUGUAGCAGGUACGGAGGAACCAAAGGGAAUAUGAACCCGAAAGUGGAAGGAAAACAUGGCACUUGGAUCUGGCAGUGACUGCAGCUCUGGUGAAGACUGAGCUCAGCCUCUGAAUCACUCCAGCAAGCGGGGCCAUGGAGCUGGGUUUGGAAACCCAUACUUUUCCAUUACUCCUUGGAUUUCUCUGCUUUCAUUGGUUACCCUGAGUGACUAACAGCUGCUUCCAUUUUUAGGUUUGGGAAGUUAACUCUCUGGUAAGACAUGAAGGAACUGUUGUUACAGUUACAGGAUAAACCCAUUUCUUUUCAACAAACUGGAGCGAAAGCAGGUUCGGUUUUCAGAGGUGAUGAUAUGACUUUCUAAGGUUUAUAAUAGACAGUGUAUUGGUUACCAGGUUUCUUGAAUCCUUAGUAGAUUCAAAGUAAGAAGAAUUUGCAUGAUAGUGCAUUUUGUUAGAUAAAUGUUUUUGGGAUAAGGAGUGCAUGCCAUACAGAUGCCUUAUUACCAAAGAGACAAUUUUUAUUAAGACUGCAUUUUUCUUGUGUAAGUUGAUAUAAAGUUACAUUGAAAGAGCAAGUCAUGGAUUUAAGCAGAGUUGACAGUAACCACAAUGCUGAGGUUAUAGGAAAAGCUUUCACCGAACUUCCCUCUAACUCAAUCCUGGAUAAGUUCACCACCAUCUUCACUCACAGAUCUGACUCCCAGCAACUGGAACAGCAGACAGCCAUCCUGAAGUUCUUCAGGUCUCUCUCAGGAGAGGAGAAUGAGGACAUAAUGCAGGGAGAUGUUGAGUUCAGUGGUAAUCUAAAGAAAAACAGGGAUUUGAGUUUUGGGGAUGUUUUCAAGCAUGAUAAUUCCUCAUCUAAAGAAAAAGUGCCUGUUGAAAGAGAGCAAAAAAAUAAGGUUCAGGUAACAGUGAACACAACAGGAAGUGAUGCAGACUCAACAGAGGAGGUCAGGAAUUACAUUAACCAAUUAGAGAAGGAUGUUCAAGCAAGACAGAGUCAACAAAGCAUAGCCACAAACAUUGAAAGUGGCUGCUCAGAGGAAUGUAAUAUGGUGAAACAGACCUUUGACACAAACCAGCUGGACGAGAGCGAGUCCCCAGAAAGACUCAGUCAGUGUAUGCAUACCGUCAAUCAAACUGAUAAAGUAGGUGACUCAGUGGAUGAGUGUGUCUUGAAUGAAUUAAUGCAACCAAGACGUCAGCACAUUCCAAAUAUAGAUUGUGCAGUCAGUGUCAAGCAAAAUGAGGCUGAGGAACUCAUCAUGGAAGUGGCAACAGCAGACAAAAACAUUCAAAGCACAGACUUCCACAAUAAGAACAUGCUCACUUAUAACAAUGGAGAAGAGCAUUUCAUCUCAGGGCCUUUAGAUAUUGUCACACCAGCAAAUAUGUCCACUGAGGGUGUGGUUUCUGAUUCUCAAAUCUCGUCUACCGUGAGUAUUAAGGAACCUGCUACCAGUGGAUAUUCCAAUAAAAGAAAUGCAGUGAUAACUCUGACUAGGAUAGGACCUGCUGUUAAAGAACAGUUUGAAUCAGGAGAAACAGUGGCACCAAUUUUGGGACAUGACCGGGAGCAAACCGAUGGGCCUUCCAGUUUUAUACAGGAGGAUGAAGAGGAAAUGGAAAGUGUCAAGGAGGACGAUGAAGAUGAGGAGAAAGGAGAUAUAUCCCUAGACUCCACCAGCGAUUUCGGCAACCCUUGCAGCCCACAGGAAAGUGUACUAAACUCUGCUGUAUUCUCAAUUCCCCCAGUCAGUGACCCUCCACCUGGAUCCACUUCAACCAGGUCCACCUUCUCCCCAGGAUCCCCAACAGAUACGUCCAUCCAGCUCCCUGCUCUCUUCAGUGGCCUCAGGGUCCUUAGGAAGGGAGUGGCAGGGCCUGAGCAUGACACCAUAACCCAGAUCAAACCCUCAUCCCAGGGAGCGAGGAGGGCAAUCCUCCCUGAGCUUGAGAAGAAGCAGGGGGACUCAAAGAUUCAGGGAAGUUUCCUGAAUCAGAUUUCCCAGUUCCUAAACCAGAAAAAGAAGGGGGAGGAAAGAGGAGAGAUGACAAUCGAAGAGAAGUUAGAGUCCAGUGACAAGUCAGACAGAGCUGAUGGGGAAGCUGAAGGGGAGAUGGGUGAGACAACAGAGGACAAUGACAGCACAGAGUAUCAAGAGGGAGAGAAGGAAGAACUGCACCCUGAAACAGAGGAGCCUGCAGAUGCCUCAGAGUUAGCACAGCCUAUAAAACCUCCUGUUUCUAGUGCCGAGGCAGCAUUUGAUGCAUUCAAGGCCUUCUUCACUCCCAAGCCUUUAAAGAAGGACCCAGUGGAGAAGGUGGACCUGGACGCCAUGAGGAAGAAGAUUAGAGGUGAUAAAGAUGUGCUGAGAGCCCUUUUUUGAGAGAACUUCCAAUAAGACCCCUGAGAAGAAAACCAUUUGUGAUGGCGAA